AUGAAAGUUUUGUUGGCUUUGUCGUGUUUGUUUUUACUUUUAUUUAAAGCUAAUGGAAAAUAUGUGGAAGGACAUAUAAAGACACACGAAGAUUGGGUUUUCCUUUCUCGAUUUUGCUUUCUAUCCGAAGCAGGUCGCUACGAAUAUUUCAUUGAAUACGAUCGGAAGUAUGGCGACUUGCAACUUUUAUUGUAUUAUGAUGAACCACAUCAAUGGCCUUCAGUUUAUAAGACAUCAAAAACAUGUCAAGAGAAGGUUUCAGUUCUAGCUGGUGGCAUCAAUCAAAUCGUCACACUUUCAGCUAAAAAUCCGUACUUCAUGUCAUCAGGUUGCAGCUUAAGAACGGCAUCAACGACCCGAAGUGAGACUAAGGAAUCAUUGACGACACAUAAACCUUCGCAAACAACUUCAAAAAAAUAUCCAGAAGACUUUGAUUCGACUUAUUUUGAUCAGUUUAUUAAAACAACAAUGCAAGCUUCACCAUCGACAACAUUUCCACCACUUUCAUCAAUUGACAUGAGUUCAACAACGUUUACUACUUUUAAUUUUACUGAUAAAGUUUAUGUAACAUGUCAUAAUGCUGGUGGAUUCACAAGUGCAAGACAACGAUGGUGGUACAUUGCAUUAGCUAAUUGUGGCAAUGCAAAAGGCAUGGAUGUAAGAUUUAAAUUUAGGAUGACAAAUGGACCGCCUGGUGACUUUUGGCAUGAACAUUUCUCAGCUGAUGAGAUGUGUAAGUUUCAUUUAAACAUUCCACCGAUCAUCAUGGCGGAAAUAAUUCUGUACACGUUUCUCUUACUUGCGAUCUUUGCUUGUGGAAUUGAACUUAAGACAAGACAUUUGUAUCACUGCACAUAUCGUCUCUACACAUUCAGUGCCAUUCUUCAUUGGUCUGGAGUUCUUUUAAACUCUGUGACGUGGGCGAAAUAUGCCGUAUCUGGAAUUGGACCUUUCACUAUCUUCGGAGGGCUUUUCACUGGAAGUGGAGAAAUUGCAUUUCUCUUGUUAAUGUUGCUAAUGGCAAAAGGUUACACAAUUACUAGAGCUCGUCUUUCAACACUUUCAACUGUCAAAAUCACAGUGUUCAUUAAUCUUUACAUUGUUGUGUUCAUUUCGCUUUACAUUUAUCAAGCUGAGGCUUUUGACCCUGGUGAGGUUUUGAAUUUAUACGAGUCAGCUGCUGGUUAUGCUCUUGCUGGUUUACGAUGUUUUGGUUGGGCAUUCUUCGUCAUAUCGUGCACAACAACCGUGAAGAAGUUUCCGGAAAAACGAAAUUUUUAUUUCCCAUUUGGAAUUCUUGGCAGUAUUUGGAUCAUGUCAGGUCCGAUGGUGAUAUUUUUGGUUGUUGCAUUGUUAGAUCCAUGGGUUCGUGAAUCUCUCGUGUAUCUUGUCAAUGCUUUCAUUGCUUUCUGCGGUUACGCAUACUUUCUUUGGCUUACUUGGCCAUCACGAGCCAACAAAUCGUUUCCAUAUCAUGUGAAAACAAAUCACAUUGGCAUUGCCAGUGAUGAUGAUGAUGGAGCUGAUUAUCCACGUCAUACUUAUGAACCAGGUCAACCUGAUGCAACAAUCAUCAUUCCACUUUCACGUCGUACAGAAGAUUUAGUGACAGGCGUGGGUGGAAUUUAUAAUCCUGGAUUUGUUCGCGAUGUUGAGUAUUUCAGGAAUAGCGGACCGCUCUCAAUUCCACAGCAAUGUUUUCCUUCUAAGAAUGUUCAUCAUCGAUUACCUUCACCUACAAAUGGACCACCGACUUUAACUAACAACAAGAUUUACGGGAAUGACAUUUUGAAUCAUGAUGAAGAUGAUGAUGAUGAUGAUGAUUCUACUGAUGGUGGUGUUGAAACAGCAAAGAUUGAUGCAAAUGAUGCAGUAGAUAAACGAAUCUCGAGUGUCGAAAGUGAAGCAGCAACAACAACGACAGCAGCGAAAAACGAAUUUCCAUCACGUCACAGCAGUCAAGACAAUGAUUCGGGUCAUUUAUCAUUGGAAGCUUCUGGAAGUCCAAAUUCAAAUGAUGUUUCAACCACGCCAGUUGAUAAUUCAUUGCAACCAUCGGAUAAGCCACAAACGCCUUUCCCAUUACCACCAAUCUUCAAAGAAAAUCCAUUCAAGGUUCACACUAAAGCACCAAGCAAAAUUAUUCUCGAUCCAAUAAAAUUACCAACCAACAUUCACAAUGGAUCUGCAAACACUGUAACUGCACACACGAAUGUUCCUAGACAUCUCUUCACCAUCAAGAAAUCAGGUCAGUAG